GCCCGGGGUGAUUGACGGCUGCGGCGCUGGGGCUGCGCGGAGCGGCCCCCGCAGCGCACUCAGCCCCGACUGGGAGCCGCCCGGGACCCCCCGCCUGUGCGCGCAGCUGCCUGCCUUGCUCCCCGCUCGACGGACCAAGCUCCACUGCCGGCUGAUCGCGAUGGGCUCCCGGUGGAGACCACUAAGCCGCUCCUAUUCGGGCAACGGGUCUUCCUUGGGGUACUGCCCCGGGCCCGGCAGCGAUGGCGAGGAUAACGGACCCUUGGUGGAGUACCGGCCGGAUAGGCGCAGCUACCUGCUUAGCGUGCGCCCCGAGAGCAGCUUGUUACCCCGGCGGGUGUCCCCCACCAGCUAUGGAAGGGGUACCUUUUGUGCCAUCAUUGCUCAGCUGACGGAGGAGACCCAGCCCGUCUUUGAAACGACCCUCAAAUCCUACGCCGUCUCGAAGGACGCCGAUGCCAAAUUCACGUGCAUUGUGAUAGGAUACCCACUGCCAGAGGUGACCUGGUACAAAGAUAACGAAGAGAUGGAUCGAUACUGUGGAUUGCCGAAAUAUGAGAUUUUGCGACAUGGGAACCGGCAUACCCUGAAGUUAUACAAGUGUCAAGAGGAAGAUGCAGCUAUUUACCAGGCUUCGGCAAGAAACAACAAGGGCAUUGUGUCAUGCUCUGGGGUCCUGGAGGUCGGAACCAUGACGGAGUACAAAAUUCACCAACGGUGGUUUGCCAAGAUCAAGAGGAAUGCCGAAGCCAAGCUGUAUGAGAUAGAGCAGAGCAGGAAGCGAGGGAAGGAGAACGUGGAGAUGGAACAGCUGAGACGAGUCAGCCCAGACAGGUUCCAGAGGAAGAGACGGUUGACGGGGGAUGUGGGGAUGCGUUCGGGCGCCUCCCUCUGGGACCAGGAGGAAGUGGCCAAGGUGCGGAUCCCAGAUGGGAAGGCCUGUUUUGGGGAAGAUGAGAAGGCCAAGAACAGAGAGGCCUCUCUGACUGCCCCCGCCCUGUUCCCCAAUGACUUCAUAGCAGGACAUCUGGAAACGAAAGGGGCCACCACCAACGGGGAUGCUUCUCUGGAGAGCGGGGAGGAAAAUGGAGAAAGGAACGAUGACGGCUUCCUUCAAUAUAUUUACGAGACGGUGGGAAUUGUGACCAAGGAAUUUUCGGCGAAGAAGAAAAAGAAAGAGGAAGAUAAGGCAGCUCCACCGAAUGUAAGCCAAGGUGUUUCCCAGCUAGAGGAUGGCACGCAACCAAGGAGGAAGGUCUCCAUGCAGAAGGAGGCUGUGCCUGCUGUGUCAUCCCCAAAAGUCGCAUCUCCUAUAGUCAACGGAAGGCCAGUGGAAACCCAACCCCAAGAAGAGCCCCUGCUGCGUUCCUCAUCUUCCAAACCUGAGAUGCAUUUUUCAUUGAAAGAGAUGUAUUAUGACGCUGGAGCAAAGCCUAAAGCGGAGAAGAAAGUGCCGGAAAGUAAGGCGAGGGCUGUGGAGAAGACCUUUCCUACCAGAGACCUUUCCAAUGUGAAGGACACUCUCCCGACAACUGUUCAAGCUUUGAAAAAGGCCAAGGCAGAAGAAGAAAGAAAUGAAACCCUAGCCAGGCAGAAAUCUCGGGGAGUGGAGAUAAAGCACGGCAAAAUGGAAGCCUCCGGGACAGGCAGGGAAUCGAAACUCCAACAAUUUCAUCAUCCCAGGCAGGCAGUGGAACCCACGACAGAGAUCCUGAUGGGACCUAAGGUGGAACGUCCAAGCAGCAGGGCCCCGGAAAGCCAUGUUCUGCAGCCAGGUCAAGGUGGUCCGCCAAGAGUUGGAAGCCCACCUCUCUUUCCAGAGGAGAAGGAAGAGGAAGUCCUUCUCAUCUGCGAAACGGACUUGCUGGACUCUGCUCUCCCUGAAGCCGAGCCAGACUUGCAGCUCCCAGAGGCUGGACCUGUGGAUUUGCCCCUGCCUUUGCAGGAAGCGAGGCGAGCCCUUACCCCAGUAGCCUUGGAGGAAAAGCAGUUGCCUGAUCCAGGGCCUUCUGAGGCUUCAGAAAACUCACAGUCAAGUUUGUCCGUUACAUCUGUUUCACAGUCUCCAAAUGCCAGGUUUGGGGAAGAAAGGAAAGAUAUCCCGGGAGAUUUAGGAAUAAAAUGGUCAGAGAAGAAAUCUGGUUCCAGCCCAGAGAUCCAGGACUCAAGUAUGGGAAUGCGAUACCUGGAAGAGCACCGCCUAGCAAUUUUCCAGAAUCGUCCGGUGACUUCUCAGAAUAUCCCAGGCGUUUCUCCUGGUGUCCCAUUGCCAAAUGGGAUGGACAAUCGGGUUCGGAAGGAAGAUAUGGAGAAGCAUUUUCCAGAUUGGGGCCAGAAUGAAAUCCAACGUGGACUACCUCCUAACCGUGGGAGUAAACAGCCAAUUAUUCCUGCAUUAGCAGCCCAAGAAACCCAUUUUCAGGGUAGGCCCAUGGAUGAGUUGGACCAAGUUGCUCCUUGGACCGAAGGCACGAGAGGAGAAGAGCAAGAAGAAGCCCCUAAAUUAUUGAGAGACAAUACAUCCACCCCCCAAAUGCAUCUAGUUCCUGAGAGGAAGAGAUCAUCUGCAGCAAUAGAAAAGUCACAGCUGAUCUCAGAAGUUGCCCCAACAACUCCAGGUCUUUCUCAAGUUGUUUCAGAGAGUCUUCCUCCAGCUUCAACCGUGACGAUCCCUCCCGGGCUUCAUGAUUCCCAAGAACCAGUUCUGCUUUCUCCAGUCAAAGAAGACGUUGUUGAGAGCAACCAAUCCGUAGCCCACUUGCUAAAAGAUAUUAAGAGAGAAACAGAAUCUCGGGAACCUGGUAAGAUGGUGGCUUCAGAAGAACCAUGCCAGCAAGUCACCAGGGCUGAAACCAAGGAGGUCUGCAUGGAGAAAGAAUUUGUGGUCCCUCCAAGGAAUAAAAAAGAUAAGCAAGAGUCUAAAAUGUACACCAAGAAGACAGAGGUUAGGGAUAAGGAAAAGGAAAAGGACAAAAUAGCUUCUGAUAUUAUUCUGAGAGAUAAUUCUCGUCCUCCUGAGGUUGUAGUGGAGGCAAAUCAAACCCCAGAGAAAGAUCCGAACAGCGACCUUGUUUCUUCUUUGAAAAAUUAUUUGCUUUUGCUCUUGAAGAUGACCUCUGAGUCGGACAAAAGCAAAGCAAGAAGCCCCAAGCAAGAAGCCAAGAUGAUGGAGGAGAAGACUCCACUGAGCGCUAUUCCAAAACAUCUGCCAGAUGUGGGCAUUGCGGGAUUAACUCCCAGGACUUCCAGGAAGAUCUUCGAACAGGUGGAGACCGAUAAACUUUUCCAAAGUGCUGAGAACUUGCAACUGACUCCCAAAACUUCUCGGAAACUCACAGGAAUGAUCAACCAAGAACUGCUUGCUUGCCAGAAGAACCUAAACGUUGAACUGGAGAUACCGCCUUUACCUUGUGUUCCCUCAAUUGUGGUAGGGGGCGUUGGAGGUGACCCAGCAGGUCUCCCCCAAUCCUCUUCCGAGAUUGUUAGUGACACUCCAGCAGCUUUGCCAAGUGCCACACCUGAGGAGCUGGCAUCUGGAGCCCGUCGGAAGAUCUUUCUCCCCAAAACCAAGACAGCAGAUGAGAUGGAAGAAGGGGCCCUGGAGGGUCAGCCGUGGCCCAAAAGGGACAGUCCCAACGUGUCUCCACAGCAGGGCCGUAAGAGCCAGGCUCUCUUGCAGACCUCAGCCCCGGGUUCUCCUCCUGUGGAGAAGCGCUCUCCAAACUUUGCCAGGAAGAUGGCAACUCUGGAAGUUCCCAAGAUGUAUCAGGAGACGGCGGAAGAAAGCCAAAAGGAGGAUGACAGCUGCUCCCCGUUGUCUCCGGAGAGUGUAGAAGAAAGUGUGCCCAAGGUGGGAGAAUCUAGGAAAACUAACGAUCCAUUUAAAGCACCACAAGUCGUUCGCAAGAUCCGAGCAGAACAGUUCUCUGAUGCCUCUGGGAACUUGAAGCUAUGGUGUCAGUUCUUCAAUAUCUUGAGUGACUCCAAGCUUAUCUGGUACAAGGAUGAGGUGCCCAUAGCAGAGGUCAAAAGAAGCUCUGGAGAUGAAGGACAGGCAGCUCUGGCUAUUGUGCAGAUGUCCCUGAAGGAUUGUGGGGUGUACCAAUGUACCAUCCAGAAUGAAUACGGGACUGACAGUACUGACUUCCUGCUGAGCUCCGAAGUGCUGUCCGGAUUUAUCGCCAAAGAAGAAAUAGAAGCUGGAGAGGAGAUUGAGAUGACCCCAAUGGUGUUUGCCAAAGGUCUAGCUGACUCUGGCUUCUGGGGGGAUAAGCUCUUUGGCCGGAUCAUGGUGGAGGACCUGGAGGUUGGACAAGGAUUUCUACGCAAGGCUUGCCGCGCCCGUGCCAUUUAUGGCCUUGAGCCAGUCUUCGAGUCUGGGCAUACCGGCAUUAUUAAAAUCCACAACCUCAUUGCAUUUGGUGGACGCAGCGAGAACACGUUGGUGGAGAGGAAUUACGAUAUCACCAUUCAGGAGUGUAAAAUCCAGAAUUCAAGUCGGGAAUACUGCAAGAUCUUCGCAGCAGAGGCGAGAGCCAUUGCUGACUUUGGCUCCAUACCUGAGAUAAUCCCACUUUACCUAAUCUAUCGCCCAGCCAACAAUAUUCCUUAUGCAACCAUGGAGCAAGACUUGCCUGGCUCGUUUCAGUGCUACUGCGGACGAGAAGGAGACAGCAACCGGUUGGCUCCACCCAACCCCUCUGAGAUUGGGCAAAAAUGCUCUGCUUUCCAGCACUGGCUUUACCAGUGGACAAACGGCAAUAUCUUGGUGACAGACUUGGAAGGAGUUGGGUGGAAAGUCACCAACGUGAAGAUUGCUACCAAAAUCAAAGGGUACCAAGGCCUGAAGGAGAGCUGUUACCCCAACCUCCUCAAUCACUUCGUUACCUCCCAUCAAUGCAACCAUUACUGUGAGCUCCUUGCUCUGAAAAGCCUUGAGGUUCCUCAACCUCCGCCGAGAAGCAAAGGCUCUCGAAGCCCCAAUCUGGGCAGAAAAUCCCCAUCAACUCAAUCCAGCCCUCAGCUGCAAAAGAAAGGCCUCUCUAGCCCCCAGGCUUCCAGAAAAGGGUCCGUGAGCCCCAAGAAUACCCGGAAAUGUCCAGAACAUGUGGCAGAAUCACAAUCGACGGCAUGGCCCAAAGGAAGAGACAGCGACAAGAUAGGACAGCUGCAGUGAUGGGCAGUGGGGGCCAUCAGCCAUGCACGUUGUGUGUGCCUGAGGAAGGGGACAGGGCGGCCUUGUCCUCCUGUGGCUCCCCUACCUUUCCUUGUGUGAGGUCUGUGUGUGGUGUUUGAGGGAAAGAGCCGUGCGGAUCAUGGCUCUCUGGGCAGGUUUGGAACCCCUCAGGAACGAUGCGUGAAUGCAACCGUGUGGUCACUACUGCUGACCCCGCAGAGAGUGAUAUCUGUCUCCACAGUCCCAUCACAUGAGGCAGGAGCCUGGCACCCUACUUAAGUGCCGUCUGUGGUUCUGUUUCUCCUUGGUGCUUUGAAUAUUGAGCCUGUCCUACGGCUCCCAAUAGGUUGAAGCCCCAAGAUGGGGGCUGGAUGCCAGGUGGCCAGGUGGACCUGUGCUCUGUUGGGUUGUAAUUCAGGACUCGUGCCUUUGACUGCAAUACGUCCCCUACCCACGACCCCAUGCUCUUUGCUUUUCCCAUAAUGGUGUGGGCCACCUCAACCCCAAUGAGACUCUUUGAGAAUGAACUUUGGCCCGAUCCUCCUUUCCCAUCCAUCCCCGAAAGAGCGCCUAGGAGAAGAGAGUUGACUACUCCCUUCUCAUUCGGAGGGAGAAGCCGCUUCCUUGACGGGACUCCAUAUGACGUGGCUGUGAUGGUACCUCCUUGCAUCGGAGAGAACAUUUGGUCUAUCAAGUGAGGCUGCUGAGAUUAAUGGAAGAUCAAACGCGUCUUGCUCGACUACCUUUCCUGCUCCAUACACUCAGGUUCAGGUGGAGCACAUCUGUUGCACACCGAAAGCUCUUGAUUUCAGUUGAUGUUGAUGAUCAACCAGUCAAGAGAUCCAAGAGUAAGAAAAACCUUGCUAUCAGAGACUCUGGGACAUCCUGCUGAAUAUUCAAAGCAGAUCUUGUUAUAUUUCUUACCUGUUAAUGACCACAGAUAGCUCGCAUUCACAGAACGGGCUUAACUUGGUUACUGAACUAAACAAAGUUUCUGGAUUCACAUCAUACACGGACCCAGUGGUGGGAUUCAGCCAGUUCGCACCACUACAGGAGAACCGGUUGUUAACUUUCUGAGCAGUUUGGCGAACUGGUUGUUGGAAGAAAUCAUUAGGGCAGAGAACCGGUUGUUAAAUUAUUUGAAUCCCACCACUGCACGGACCCAUAAAUUAACCAAAGAAGCUGGAUUCACACACCAAAUUCCCACCCUAAAGAGAAACCGGGUUAACCAGAACCAAGUUCAGCCUGUAUGAAUGCAGUUCCUAAAUUUACAGCUGACAAGGAAAUUGUAUGAACCUAGCUAUCGUGUGCUGCCUGGAUCUACAGUCUUCCUCAGUCUAACUUCUGCUAGAUGUGUUGGGAUUAGCCAGGAUUCAGAACAGUAGGAAUUCUGGAAGUACAGGACUGUCAUCUCUUGAGGAUGUAGAGUUAGGGAAGCCCUUUUAGAUAGAAAUCUCUCUCUUGAACAACGUUCUCUUGAUUCACUUUAUAUAUUUUGCUUUCCCCCCCAAAUUUCUCCUUAGCAGCAGAUAAAUGUAGGCUGUGUAGCAAUUGCCUGCAACGAGCAAGAUUUUAAGCACCACCUACUGUCAAAUAAGGGGAUGAGCUGGCUCAGUGGCUAAGACGCUGAGCUUGUCGAUUGAAAGCUCGGCAGUUCAGCAGUUCGAAUCCCUAGUGCCGUGUAAUGGGAUGAGCUCCCGUGACUUGUCCCAGCUUCUGCCAACCUAGCAGUUCGAAAGCACGUAAAAAAUGCAAGUAGAAAAAUAGGGACCACCUUUGGUGGGAAGGUAACAGUGUUCCGUACGCCUUUGGCAUUGAGUCCUGCCGGCCACAUGACCAUGGAGACAUCUUCGAACAGCGCUGGCUCUUUGGCUUUGAAACAGAGAUAAGCACUGCCCUCUAGAGUCAGGAACGACUAGCACAUAUGUGCGAGGGGAACCUUUACUUUUUACUGUCAAAUAAAAUUGCCCUAUAGCUGUGAGCUCGAUUGAGUAUCAGGUAGGAUGGAGAUGUCACUGAGCAAGAAAACCCUAGAACAGCCUAUAGAACAUAGGUGCCCCAUCAACCAUUCCUUCACCAAAGACUACAGUAUAAUCCAUCACCGUCUGGAGGCCUAGCACUUGUGAAUAAAUCUCUAUUGUCCUCUAUCACGACCUUAGACAGAGAACACCUUAGGAACCCGAAGGGAACCCCCGCUAUGAUGUUAGCAGCAGGGUGGGAUGAGUAACAUCAAGGAGUAUGGGUGGGCCUUCUAAAAUGUUAUUCUCAUGUGCCAUUCAAUUCGAAAACAAUUCAUUAUCAAUAUAGUUGCUUUGAUAGUCGUGCUCCAGUUGCCCCAAGCCAAAGAAGGGAGCCGAGUUCCCCUUGUGGACUCUUCUCCAUGGCGGAUCAUCCAACAAACCAUGUCGAACCUCAUUUUGAUGUAUCGGAACUUCUGUCAAAGCUGUGAUGUCGAAGUGGCAGGGCCAGAACCUUGCCUUCAAAGCUCCUUCAGGUGCAGGAAUGAAGUUGCACGCCCUCCCCAGAGGACAAAGGUUUUACAACAGGGGUGUCAAACUUGAUUUCAUUGAGGGCUGCAUCAGGGUUGUGUUUGACCUUGGGGGGAGGGGCUGGAGUGGGCGUGGCCAUGAUGGGCGUGGCCAGCUCGAUGUCACUCGUGUCAAGGUCACCUGUGGUGGGCCAAACGCUCUGCCAGCAAAAACAAGCUCCCGAGCUCCAUUUUCAGCUGCGAUGGCCUCCGGCAAUCCUCUGCCAAUGAAAAUGGAGUUCGGGAGGGCCACAUGCAGCCCUCCUGAGCUCUGUUUUUGCUGGCAGAAGCUCCAUGGGUCGGACCUUUGCUGUUUCCCGUGGGCCAGAUCGAAGCACUCUGCAGACCGGAUCCAGCCCCCGGGCCUUGAGUUUGACACCCCUGGUUUACAAGAAUACAGGGAGAAAUUGGGACUGAUUGGGUUGUGUAAUGCUGACUCGAUAAUAAUCAUCAUCACCACCACCAUCAUCAUCGUCAUAAACAACCUGGGGUUCGAGAGUUGCUGAAUAAAGUGAAACAGGAUGUAACUUGUCUGUGGAAGCAGCUGAGAUCUUCUCUGAAUUUUAUGUACUGUAUGUGCACAUUUCUCUGUUGAAAUCUGGCUGAUUGCCAAGACUUUGGUAAGCGUAGACUUGAGAACACGGUUUCUUGGAAAAUACG